CAUCACUAGUGUCUAGAAGUUCAAGUGAAACCUCAAAAUUUUGUGUGUGUCGGUGAUAAGUUUAGUCCAAAGUUUGAAUAAAAUUUGCACAUUAGUUUUAACUAUUUAAUCUAUCUAUUCACUGAAAGUUGAGCAGGAAUAAGUGAUACAGAUAAAUCAAAUGAAGUAUGCUGUUUUGAAAUAAUUGCAUUUGUUUAAAACGAAUAUAAGAUCUUCGUCGCCCCGUAAUCAUUUGAGCAAACGUCAUUACUUCACACGUCAGCCGGAAUCUCGCACUUACCAGUCACAAUAAAAUCGAAGGUUUUUAUACGUUUGAAAGGCUUUAUUAGUUGAUGUAUUAAAACGAUACUUGAUCGCCUUUCAUCAUGGUAUUAAUAGCAGCAGCAGUCUGCACCAAAGCUGGCAAAACAAUCGUGUCGCGACAGUUUGUCGAGAUGACCAAAGCUCGUAUCGAGGGUUUACUGGCAGCUUUUCCAAAAUUGAUGACUUCGGGGAAACAACACACUUUCGUUGAGACAGACUCAGUGAGGUACGUCUAUCAACCACUGGAGAAGCUGUAUAUGUUGCUAAUCACUACCAAAGCAAGCAAUAUCCUGGAAGAUUUGGAAACGUUGCGACUGUUUUCUAAAGUAAUUCCCGAAUAUUGUCGUACACUGGAAGAAAAAGAAAUCAUCGAAAAUGCAUUUGAUCUGAUAUUUGCUUUCGAUGAAAUCGUUGCCUUAGGGUACAGAGAAAGUGUAAAUUUAUCUCAAAUUAAAACAUUUGUGGAGAUGGACUCCCACGAAGAAAAAGUAUACCAGGCGGUUCGACAGACACAGGAGCGGGAAGCUAAACAAAAAAUGCGAGAGCGUGCUAAGGAACUACAGCGAGCGCGCAUGGAACAGAAAAAAGGUGGCAUGGGAGCCAGCGGUCGCCCAUAUGGCAGCGGAAGCUCGGAAGGUUUUGGAAAUAAUUCAAGUGGGGGCAUCUCCAAUCAUUCCUCUAUUGCAACGCCUUCUAUUGGCAUUGGCGAGAUAAAACCAACUGCAGUUGCUGCACCUAAACCAGUUACGGCAAAGAAUGCACUUAAACUGGGUGGAAAGUCGCGCGAUGCGGACACAUUUGUUGACCAACUGAAAAGCGAGGGUGAGAAAGUGUCAAACAACCCUGCACCGUCAACUGCUUCGGCAGUGGUUAAAGCCAAGCCAGUAUCAGAUGUUCCCAUGGAUGAUAUCCAUCUUCGUCUUGAGGAUAAAAUAGUUGUUCGAGUUGGCCGCGAUGGUGGAUUGCAAGGAUUUGAGCUGUCCGGAUUGCUCACGUUGCGUAUUUCUGAUGAAAAGUAUGGCCGAAUCAAGGUACAACUGGAUAAUGCUGAUCAGCGAGGUAUUCAGCUGCAAACUCAUCCCAACGUGGAUAAAGAACUUUUCAAGUGCAAAAAUCAGAUUGGGCUUAAAAAUCCAGCCAAACCAUUCCCAAUGAAUACGGAUGUUGGUGUGCUUAAAUGGCGUUUCCAGACACAGGACGAAUCUGCCAUUCCGCUAACUAUCAAUUGUUGGCCAUCGGAGAAUGCAGAAGGUGGCUGUGAUGUCAAUAUUGAGUACGAGUUAGAGCAUCCACGACUUGAGCUUCAGGAUGUGUGCAUCACAAUACCGUUGCCAAUGGGCAUUGCUCCAGUAAUAUCAGAGUGCGAUGGCGAUUACAAUCACGAUUCCCGCAAAAAUGUACUGCAGUGGAACCUUUCGGUUGUCGAUGCCUCGAGCAAACGCGGUUCAAUGGAGUUCACUGUACCCAAUUCGAUUCCUGGCGAUUUCUUCCCAUUGGAUGUAUCAUUUUCAUCAAAAAUUCCGUACGCCGAACUAACGCCCGUUAAUGUACAACUUGUUGAAAAUGAAGCGGAUGUGAAAUUUUCGACCGAAACUUUGUUCUAUACCGAUAAGUAUGAGAUUGUGUGAAUUGAUCAACUCUAUUAUUUUAAAAAUACUGCGCAAUUUAUAUAUCGUUAUUGUUAAACAAUACUACUUUAUUCGUAUUAAUAUAAUAGAAAAUUUACACAAAACUAUUAUUUAGAUUGGAGCUAAUUACAAUAUGUAAUUAUUAUUUUUCGAUUUCUGUUAACAUCUGCAGUCCUGUUUGUUUCCAUAAACGCGCAUUAUAAAAUCAUUUAUAUAUACGACUAAGCGGCACACUUCUUGCAUGUCUAGCAUAUGUAGUAUCAAACAAUUUUAUUAAAGUCUAAUAAAACAUGCGAGUAAGUACGGCAAACUGAAA